CCUUUCACCCCCGCCUCCCAAAUAAACCACUUAGAUUUAAAAAUAGAGGUGAUUGUGCUGUUGCAGUCCUGUACGGUCAUAAACUUGAGAAAUAAAAUGUGUUUCACUGCUUUCAAUUAAAAACAAAGAAGUUGGAUUGACAUCCCGUGCCCGCGGCCGUUGCUAUGGGUCGUUCAGCCCAACAGAACCAGCACGAGAGGAGAGGAGAGGACGUGUUGAGUGAGGGCCUGUGAAGAUGACCUUGGAGUGCAGGUCGAUAGUUCCUUGGUGUCGCAGGUGGAUAGGAUACUGAAGAAGGCAUUUGGAUCAUGAAGAACAAUUUUCCUUUAUAGCAGAAUGGUAUGAUGCAAGUGCUAGUCUAAUUCGGCGCUACUUGUUUUUCUUUUAUCCAAAAGAUGGAUCUAUUGAAAUGUAUGAUAUUAAGAACCAUCGUACCUUUCUGAAACGGACAAAAUAUGAACAAUUGAGGCAAGAAGACUUGUUCGUUGACAGCGUAAUUACUGUGUAUUCUCGUCAGCUCCAUUUAGUAAGCUACGGGGACCAAUACACAGCUCGCAAACUGGGAAGUAAGAAACAAAAGACACUAGGUGUAGUAAAGCCAGGCUCUGAUCUUAAAUUCGGAAAAUUGAUUGACAGGCUCUACAGCGCAGGACUUGUAAUAUCCAAGGCAAAAAUGAUAGAUCUCACAAGCGAUCUCCUUAGGUAUUUAACUUGUGGUCCUGCUGUUGCGCUGGAAAUUAUGGGAGAUGAAGCUGCUUCUUCCUGGAGGAAGCUAAUUGGAUCUUCAGAUUCUAGGAGAGCAGAAAAUGAAGCCAGAACACGGGCUCUUUAUGGAAUUGACAACACCAAUACUCAUGGUUCUGAAUGUGCCGCAACUGCAGCUCGAGAACUAGAGAUUUUUUUCCCAUUACUUGGUAAAGGGCCGUCAAAUACAGCAAAAUGUAUUGAUUGCACGUUAUGUAUUAUCAAACCUCAUGCAAUUGCUGAAGGUCUGGCUGGAAAGAUUUUAGAUACCAUUGAAGAACGAGGGUUUAAAUUUACAGCAUUUCAACUGUUCAAUUUAGACAAAGCUAAUGCAGAAGAGUUCCUUGAAGUGUAUAAAGGAGUGGUUUCUGAAUACAAUGGUAUGGUAAAUGAACUCACUUCAGGCCCUUGUCUUGCCCUUGAAUUCCAAGGAAGUGACGUUCAGAAAACAUUUAGAGAAUGCUGUGGACCAUCGGACCCUGAAAUUGCUCGCCAUCUACGCCCUUGCAGUUUGCGUGCCCUUUUUGGAAAGAGCAAAAUUCAGAAUGCUGUACAUUGCACAGACCUCCCUGAAGAUGGAGUACUGGAGGUGCAGUACUUUUUCAAGAUCUUGGACAGUUGAUUAGACAUGGCCUGAACAAUCAAGAAAUAAAUCAAGGAUGUAGGUUCAUGAGUUUUAUUUUUUUGUUGCUUUGAAUCAUGUGGAGUACUGUUCUCCUAACAAGUUUACAGAUGUUACAUUGCAUUUGCAUUUUACAACAUGAACACCAUCCUACUGCAUUGGUUUAAAAUAAAGAUUAUGAUUUUA